CUCAGGGAGGAAGACGAAGCAGCAGAAAUACGGGAAGAUCGCUGCAGACUACCUCGAAGGGGUUUCGGUCAGGGCUUUACGCUGCGUAUUGUGGACACACAUUUCGCUAUGGAUUCGCAACCCCCAACAAGGCCAUGGGAAAGGCGGAUUCCAGGGUCUGUGGGUGUGCCGUUAAAUUACAGGUCUACAGAUUUGGGAAUAGCUGCAGGCACCUCUACCUCUGCUGGACUUCCUGUCCUGCCCAGGAUGGUGCCCCCGGUGCCCCCUCGUCCUGUCCAGCAGUCCUACCGUCCAUCCUACAGCUCCUUCUCCUCUUAUAGCCCCUAUGGGAGCUCCAUCUACGGUGGCUACAGCCCCUACAGCUAUGGCUAUGGUGGUGGCGGCUACGGCCUGGGAGGGUACAGACAUUUGCCCCACCUUGAAGAUGUCCCCCCCAGCAGGUUUGUCCAGCAGGCGGAAGAGAGCAGCCGCGGUGCCUUUGAGUCCAUCGAGAGCAUUGUCCACGCGUUUGCGUCAAUCAGUAUGAUGAUGGAUGCCACCUUUUCAGCGCUGCAUAACGGUUUCCGUGCUGUGCUGGAAGUACUCAACCACGUCACACGACUGCGCGUGCAUCUCACCCGGGUUUUGUCAAAGUUUGCUCUGGUGCGCACGUUGCACUACUUGUACCGCUUGGCGCAGAAGCUGCUUGGGCGGAGGCUAGAUCCUGAGGUUGAAGCCCUGUGGGCCAACCCCAGUGAGGCCCCGAGUACGAGUUCAUCCAGAGAGAUGGAAGAUCAGACGGUUAAAUCCUGGCCUAUCUUGAUGUUUUUUGCUCUAGUUUUGGGUGUACCCUACCUUAUCUGGAAGUUGAGCUCCUCUGCUGACUCUGAAGUAAAAGACACUAACUGGGCCAGCGGGGAGGACGACCACGUGGUAGCCAGAGCAGAAUACGACUUUACAGCUGCUUCUCAGGAGGAGAUCUCUGUGCGUGCCGGAGAGAUGCUCAACCUUGCUCCUAAAGAGCAUCAGCCCCAUGUGCGUGGCUGGCUCUUGGCCAGCGUAGACGGCGCAACCAAAGGGCUCGUCCCAGCCAACUAUGUCAAGAUCCUCGGCAAGAGGAGAGGCCGCCGGCAUGCAGAUAUGGGGAGGCCUGCUCAGGCCCAGCGGGGGAACGCACAAGCCUCCCAAACAACCUUGGCUGCACAAAUGCAGCCAACCGGAGCCCAAGGCUUUACCCCUCACGUCUCCUCGGCCUCCGCUUCCUCAGAGGAGCUGCUGGAGUCGGUGUAUGGAGAAACACCAGCUUCCUUCAGUCAGGGAUCCUCCAGCGCGCCCUCCAGCACACCACUUAACAUCCCUGAGAAGACUGAUCUGUGAUGGUUGUGUCCGUAGGUUUUCAUUCAUAACAGUGGGUAGCUCAGUCUGUAACUCUGGAGCUUAACUAAUCAGCUGUCAGUAGAUUCACAGACUGCAUCAGGAACUGUUCAGAUAGCUCUCAAUUCAAAUCCUCAGAUGCAGUCUGGACCUUCUGAUUUUACUUAUUUGUCAAAAAUAGUUUCCGCACAGGUUCCCUGUGUGUGUCUUUAAAUCUGAGCUUAAAUCACAUUUUUUUUUUUUU